UUUAUAAAAGUAAAUAUCUAUUGAAUUUGAAUAGAAAGAAGAAAGUGAGACCAACCAGAGUGCCAAUUUCUCGGUUUGGGGAUAGAUAGAGUGAUACCCAUCACACUGUUCAUAUUUCUCAUAUUAAUUAAUAACAAUAAUGGCAGCGGCGGCGGCAGUGACGGUGCUACUCCCACCUAGGAUUCCGACCACCACCAACGUUACCCGCUGUUCUGCUUUGCCUUAUCUGCCUCCACGUGUAACCAGCACCAGCACCACCUUGUUCUCACCUUCCCUCAACCACUUUUCAGUGUCCCGAAAAUCUUUUCUGCUUCAGACCAGAGCUUCUUCAGAGGAAUCAUCAUCAGUAGAUGCCAAUGAGUUAUUCACAGAUUUGAAGGAAAAGUGGGAUGCUGUUGAAAACAAGUCCACAGUGCUUAUCUAUGGUGGUGGGGCUUUAGUUGCUGUUUGGCUAUCUUCCAUUCUCGUGAGUGCAAUCAACUCAGUUCCCUUGCUUCCAAAGAUUAUGGAGUUGGUAGGUCUAGGAUACACUGGAUGGUUUGUCUACCGAUACCUUCUGUUCAAGUCUAGCAGGAAGGAGCUAGCUACAGACAUUGAGGGACUGAAGAAGAAAAUUACCGGAACUGAAUAGAAUGGUGUUAGCAAAUACCAAGUGAAGUUUAUCAUGUGUGAGCACCAUUUGUUUUUGUUUGCUCUUAUCUGCUGUAUAAGAGUGGUAUGUAUCCCUUGAAGUAGAAUAGAAUUCCUCUCAACCUCUAUUGCCCCUGUAAUGAACCCAUUUCAUUGUUAAAAUAAUGUAGCAAAUUUUAUGUAUAUGGCUCUGAAUGGAACCAUUAUCUCUUCACUUCUUCCCUGUGUAAGAAAUUUGAGUGAUAUAUGAGUAUAGAAGGAGGAAUUAUAUCAUA